AUGGCCUUGCAGAUUCUGGCUGAUGGAGGAGGUGCAUGCGCCGUGGGGAGUUUACUCCUUGCCUGGUCCGCUGCGGUCAGCUUCUGCAGGUGUGGUGUCAGCGAUCAGGAAAACUAUGAUCAUCUCUUGGAAGUCCCAGUCACUCGGGAGCAAUUAAGUCACUACCGGAAUGUGGCUGAAAAUGUUCGAAGUGAACUUGCAGCGACUUUGGUCAAAUUUGAAUGUGCUCAGUCUGAGCUUCGAGACCUUCGCUCCAAGAUGCUUUCUAAAGAAGUUUGCUGCCAAGAACUGAAGGCUGACAUGGAGAGAUACAAAGAAAACAAUGCCAGAAAAUCAUCUCUCCUUGCCUCUUUGAGAGACAGAGUGCAGGAACUUGAAGAAGAAUCAGCAGCACUUUCCACUUCUAAAAUCAGGACAGAAAUCACAGCUCACACUGCAAUUAAGGAGAACCAGGAAUUAAUGAGGAAAGUUGCAGAACUAGAUGAAAAAUUACAAAAGUGUGCAAAGGAAAGUGAGGAGAAUAAGAAGCAAGUCUCGGAGCACUGCUGGAAGCAUGUGGACUUUCUAACUCAGCUUCAGGAAUGCCUAGAUCCAGACCGGAAGGACCAGAAGGCAGCAGAGGAAGAUCUCAUUUCAAAGCUUCGAGAGCUGUGCAGGGAAAACGCAUUCAUGAAAGGACAAAUUGCUAGUCUUGAAGAGACUAUAAAUGUCCAUGAGAUGGAGGCAAAAGCUAACAGAGAAACGAUUAUGAGGCUGGCGUCCGAAGUCAACAGAGGACAGAGCAAAGCUUCCUCCUGGGCGGAAGAGAAGGACAAGCUGAACCAGGAUUUGCUCAGUGCUGUAGAGGCAAAAGAAGCUCUGGAAAGGGAAGUUAAGAUCUUUCAAGAAAGGUUGCUUGCUGGCCAGCGGGCCUGGGAUGCCUCAAAGCAGGAGCUAAGUCUCCUGAAGAAAAGCUCUGAAGAGUUGGAGAAGAGUUUGAAGGCCAGUCGGGAUACAGCCGCGGCCUCACAAAGCCAGAACACCUUAUUUAGGGAGAAAAUCACAGCCCUCCUUAGAGGCAGGCUGGGGAUGACUGGGCCCACUGAGGACACCAUUUUGGAGAAGAUUCAAGAAAUGGGCAGCCAGGAAGAGAGCAGGCUGAGGAUGGUCUCUCAGCUUGAAUCCCAAGUAUCUGAGCUUGUUGAACAGUUGGGAAAGAAGUCUGAGUCUCACCAGAAAACUCUACAGAGGGCCCAGAAAGCAGAAAACAAGUUGGAGGCUCUUCAGGGCCAGCUGACAGACCUGGAGGGAGAGCUAGUGUCUGGAGACGUUUUGCGAGACAAUUUGAAUUUUGAGAAACAAAAAUAUCUUAAGUUUCUGGAUCAGCUUUCAGAAAAAAUGAAACUGAACCAGAUGACUGCUGAACUUGGCUUUGACAUGCGUCUGGAUGUAGUAUUAGCUCGCACAGAACAGCUGGUCCGCCUGGAGAGCAAUGCAGUCAUCGAAAACAAGACUAUCGCCCACAAUUUACAGAGAAAGUUAAAAACUCAGAAAGAAAGGCUGGAGAGCAAAGAACUGCACAUGAAUCUCCUCCGUCAGAAAAUAGCCCAGCUGGAGGAGGAGAAGCAGUUGCGCACUGCCUUGGCUGUGGAGAGGGAUGAAGCCCAUCUCACUACCAGGAAGCUGGAGAAGAAGGUGGAGAGGAUGCAGAAAGAGCUAAGUACAUGUCGCCAAUCCAACACAGAGCUCAAAGCCAAGUUGGCUGACACCAGUGAGCUUAAGAUUAAAACUUUGGAACAGACCAAAGCCAUUGAAGACUUAAAUAAAUCCAGAGACAAACUGGAGAAGAUGAAGGAGGAAGCUGAGAAAAAGCUAAUGUCUGUCAAGUCAGAAUUGGGUACUGCAGAGCAUGAGGCUAAAGAGGAGAAGGAAAGGGCGAGAAGCUUGAUAGAAGUGAUAACCAGUGAAAUGAAGACGCUACAAAAAUCUCUGGAAGAAGCAGAAAAGAGAGAAAAACAGCUGGUGGACUUCAGGGAAGUAGUAUCCCAAAUGCUGGGCUUGAACAUGACUACUCUGGCUCUUCCAGAUUAUGAGAUCAUCAAAUGUCUUGAAAGAUUGAUCCAUUCACAUCAGCAUCACUUUGUGACUUGUGCCUGCCUCAAAGACGUGACUACUGGGCAGGAUAGACAUCCACAAGGCCACCUGAAGCUUCUUCAUUGAGCCCUGUUAUUUUUAGAGGAGGCUGGAGCUAAGAGAUGGACUCAAGCCUCAAUUUCAUAAGUGCUUCAUAUCUUUGAAAGUUGAUCAGUGUCUGAGUAUUAUAUACUUUGAUAAGAGAUACUUUAAUAGUGCGAAUAUAUCAUGGGCAGAGAUGGAGCUUCAAGGUGCCAGCCUAGAUAAAUAUUCCAUAUGAAAAACACCUAUUAUUUAAUUUGCUAGCACUUGGAGACCAACAGUUCCACUGGAUCAGGGAAUGGGAUGGUGAAUUAAUAUGGUUGGUCUCCAAGUGCUAGCAAAUGUUGAGCUGAUGUUUUACUACCCACUUUAAUUCUCAUAAUGACCACAUGGAGAAGCUUUUUAAAAUUAUUUUUGACAUAUACUUUUAUUUUUAUUUGACACACAAAAAGUUUACCUAUUUAUAGGGCACAAUGUGGCAUUUCAAUAUUUGUAUAAAAUGUUUAAUCAUCAGACCAGGGGGAUGUGGAGAAGCUUUAGUGGUUUUAUUGUACAGUGCCUCUAGGGCUCCUGAAGGUAGCUGUUGGUGAGUGUUGGAGCCAGGCUGUGCAACACUUUGGCUCUGCCUCAAGGGCGGUGCCUCUUCUACUCCAUGGUCUGGUUUUCUCCUGAAUCUUGAUGCUGGUAGAAAUGCCAGUGUUAUGGCUUGUGUUAAGGUGUCCCCCCAAAGCCUCAUGCUUUCUCAGAAGUGGCUGAAUCUGGAAUGUGUGAUACUGGGAUUAAGGGCAUGUGAAUACAAAACCACUACACCUGAGAGAUUGGUUUGGCACUGCCUUAAUCUCGGUAGUCUGGAUGGGAUAAAAGGGGCAGAAAGACACUAUUAAGGUCCCUUGUUGCUUUUGCUGUCUUCUGACGCCAUGAACUGUUCCUUCUCUGCUAUGUGACACUCUGUCUUGGAGCCAGGAAAUUAUUAAUGGAAACUUCUAUGAAUUGUGAGCUAAAUAAACCCUUUCCCUUUUAACUUUGGGUGUUGGGUAUUUUGUCUCAGCAAUGAGAGAAAAGUAACUAACACAAAAUUUGGUACCAGAGAAGGGGGGUCAUUGCUAUGACAUUACCUGGACAUGUGGCUCAAGAGCAUUUGGAACUGGCUUGUGGGAAGGGGAACAGUUAGGAAAGGUUUGGAGAUGCUGGCUGAAGAAGUAGAGCUGGAAUUCCUUAGGCUGUACUGUAUGGGAGAUUCUGGUCAGAAUUUGCAAGUUUAGAAAGUUCAGAAAGACCAGGCUCAGGAGGUGUCUUCUGGGAAGAAGGACUGCAUUAGCUGCUGGACUCCAGACCAUGCAUGUUAUGCCUUGGCAGAAAGUUUGUCUACAUUUUGCUUGUGUCCAGAUACGUUGCCUGAGACUGAGAUUAAGGGUGGUGGACUAAUUAAUCUGGCAGAAGAAAUUUCAAGGCAGUCUAAUGUUGAGGUGAUGGCAUGGCUACUGUUAGGGACUUUUAGCCAGAUUUAUGUUGAGACUCAAAAGGAAAGAGGACAGCAGAAUGAUUUAAAACAUUUUGACUUUGGCCAGAAAGGAAGCACCAGUAAAGAUGUGGCCUGGAAAGAUAGAACAGAAGAAAUCUUGAUUGCUGAGAAGAAACAAGAAAAUAGAAACGAUGGCCUGAGGGCAUCCCAAGAAGCAGCAGGACUCCACCCUUUGCAGCCUCAAAAUUGGAAAAGGGAAAGACUUUGCUUUGAGAAGAAAACCCCAGAGCACCAUGUUCCAGAAUGGUGGCAGCCAAGGAAAGUUGUUCCUUGAGAUUUGGUUCAUAGGUACUGCACUAUAGCCAAGAGAGAAGGAAGCCUGACUACUGCUCCAGCUGGCAGCAGACCUUGGAGUCAUCCACAUGGUGGUGGUUUUGGAUGCAUGUAGAAUGCAAGAGCUGUGGAGUCAGGAAGGCUUCCACCCAGAUUUCAGAAGAAGGCCUGGGAGGCCAGGCAGGGUGUGAAGCUGUGAGUAUGAAGCCAAAGGUAUGGUGCAGACCCCAGAAGUUUGGAGAAGCCAGGAGCAUGAAUUGUCUGAAUAAAACUGCAAGGAUGGAGCAGAACCAGCCCAAGAGAGAAGCUGUGGGAGCUACAUUUAUCUGCAGAGCUGUAAGGGCAGAGCCACCCAAGCCCUUUGGAGUUCACAACUUGCCACAGAUUGUUGGGGAUGCUGGAAGUGGGAAUAUGGGAUUUAAUGUUUUUCCUGCUGGAUUUUGGUCUUGUGUUGGUCCCAUUCCUUUGUAUCCCCCUGCUUGCAAUCUUUGA